UUCUUCUUGUGUGGUGUGUUCUGAAGAUGUCAUCAUUUGUCAUAAACUCUUCAACAUUAUUGAUGCACCAGGCUCUAUUAAAGCUUUGAUGCUCACUGAUGGACUCAUUGAUUCCGUGGACAACAUGAUCCUCUCUAAAUUGUCCAACAUGAGUGUUCUGGCACUCAGCAACAAUGCCAUUUCUAGCAUCAUAGAGAAUGCCUUUCAGAACCUCUCUUUUCUUACUACGCUGUUGCUGGACCAUAACCGCAUCUCCAGCCAAUCCCUGUACAGCUCUACAUUUUCCUGGCUCCACAGACUGGAGACUCUCCAGCUUGGUAACAACAAUUUGAAUGACAUUGACGGCUCCUGGUUCCAAAGCUCUAGAGCUUUAAAAACACUUCAACUAGAGGGGAACCUCCUUAACUGCUUGAACUCCACAACCUUUGCCCAUGCUGAUCUGAUGAACCUAGAAACAUUGGACUUGUCCAACAACCUCAUCGUGUACUUAGGACGUGAUAGCUUCAGAGGGCUUCCUCGUCUCCGCAGGCUUGAUCUGUCCCGCAAUCAUCUACGUAGUGCUCCAGAUGCAUUCUCUUAUCUGUCAUGGCUCUCAGUGCUGAACCUUGAUUUGAACCUCUGGAGCUGUACAUGUGAGUUGAGAGAGCUGGCCUCAUUUCUCAACAGUUACAUUCAGGCUCCUGAAAAAGACUUGUACAAUGGGCAGAGGAUGGUGUGUGUGAAUACAGAUAAUGCAGCUGUGCAAGCUGUGCUGGAAUUGACUGACGCUAACUGUGUCCUACCAAACAGGAAUAUAACAGUGGAGGUUGUGGCUAAAAACACUUCUGAGCAAUAUAUUAGAAAUGUUGCUAUUGCCAUUGUAUUUUCAUUUUUGGGUGGUGUUGGGAUCACCCUGGGGAUGGUUGCCAUUGCAUACAACAAACUCAGUAAAAAAUUUGAACUGGUGCAGGAGGAAAAUAGAGUUGGGGAGUCCGGCCUGGAAUCAAUCCAGUGGAAUUUCUGUGAAGGCAAGGAAACUCUAACUAAGUGCCAUGCACUGUACAACAGCAACUACAAAUCCCAUCAGCCCUGGGACAGAGAAGACUCUCCUUAUCAGGUAUCAGACAUGCUGGGGAGUCAUUUCACCUGUCACAAGUGCAGCUCUACAGCACAUGCGGUAGGAAAGCACAAAAGAGAGACUGUCUCGCAUAAACCCACACAUGUAGGUGAACAGCUGGCUAAUCAACAACAUGAGGGGAAUGAUCAACAUUCUGUGUUGCAACAGAGGAUCAAAGAUAUAAGUGGCCAAAGACAUAAUAAGAGCGGGGCAGGCAUUCCAAACAGCUAUCUGGGCAGUCAGGGUACUUCUUCCCAACAUCGUGGGGGUUCAAACGACAUCUCAGCUGUCAGAAUGCGGCAGCUGGCCCUCCAUAAUCAUUUCUCUGCCCUCCAGAGAGGCACAUUAAGACCCCCAGAACAAAUCUACAAUGAAAUAACUCAAGGAAAUCGUUCACUGUUAAAGCACCAGGCUGAGGAAGUUGGUGCUCAACCGAUUUACCAAACAAUCAGCUGUCUGCACUGUCAUCAGACUUAUGAAUACAGACAAGCUGGGAGUAAUAACCAGAACUUUACAUUUACUCACUCAAAGAACACAGUUCAAAACGGAGCACAAAUGUACAAUGCCAUGCUAUACAAAGACAACUUGGGUUAUGACAAGUCAAAGGCUGGGAGACAUGGUCAAAGUCAAGCUGCUGAGCUGGGCUUUAAGUUAGAUUCUCAAAGAAGUGUUACUUUUGAUCUAGGUGAGACUGAGGAACAUGUUCUCACCACAAUGGUUGACAGACACAAAAAGGAAAGUAAGAUGAAGGACUUUAAAACAUCUACACAGAAAACCCCCUGCAAGCUGGGUAAGACUAAGAGCAGCACACAAGGACACUUAAAAACCCAGAAAACCAGAGUACAGGCGAAGAGGACACUGAAAGUUAAAUUAAAUUUAAAUCCCCUUCGAAAAAUCAGUGUUCAUCCAAAGUCCACUGAUAAAGAAGAUAUUGAAGAAGACAAGAUGUACAAAAAGGGUAAGAAGGAAAAACUGAAAAGCAAAAAGGACAAAAGAGAUCAUAUAAAAUUAAAUAAAACUACCAAAGAAUCUAAAGAUAACACUGAAUUCUCAGGAAGUGAGGAAGAGGAAAAUGAUACUAUACAAGAUAUCUCUAAAAAGAAGCAUGCUAUAAAAGGAAACCAGGAAUCAAAGUCCCUGUCUAAGGAUACAGAUGAUGUCAAUACAGAAAAGGGUCAAACUUCUAUUUCUGUUCAGGGAGAAACUGAAAUUGUAUCAACACUCCCACUAACACUCAAUUUAGCUCUUCCAGAUGAUCACAACUUUCUUACAGCUCCAUCUCCCCCCGACAUUCUGGAUUCCAGUGACACUCAGCGGCUAUCCAAUUUAAAUAUUGCACUUCCUGUAAGUGAAUCCACUGAUCCACAGGAUGUAGUGGAUCAGUCCAGCAGUUCAGACCUGAUUAGCUCUGGUGCACCUGUCAUCCAAGAAUAUGUAUCUUCAGCUGAGGGUUCACCAAAGAGGAAGUUAAGACUCAUUUUACCCGAAAAAACUACCAACAGGCCACAAACAGCACUCAAUAAGAAAAUCAGAUAAUGUUAUUCCAUACAGAUAAUGUAA